AAGCAAAACACAGUGAGAGAGAGAGAGAGAGAGAAACAGAGAGAUCACUUUAGAGAAGGAGACCGAGCGAUCUAGCAAACAUGGGGUGACUCUCACAAAAGCAAAAGCAGCUCUCAGGGUGCUUUGUCUGUCUUAGCUGCUCAUCACAACACUCCAAUUUUUGUUUCAGUUUUUGUUUCUGGGUAGUUUGUAGAAAAUUAGAAGACAGCAGUCAAUUUUAGUAUACAACUCUGGAGCUGAGUUUUACUGAUCAGGUGUGACCUUGUGAGCACAAAUUCAUCCGAGAAUUACAGAUUUGGUGGGUUUAAGCCGGUCCCGGUUGAGUUUUCUCGUCGGUUUUGGGUUACUGCAACACCAGUAUCGACGGUGGUGGUGAUAUUGGCCGGAGUUAUGGCGACUGUGUCCCAAGCGGAUUCUAGACGCAUGUAUUCUUGGUGGUGGGACAGCCACAUAAGCCCAAAGAACUCGAGAUGGCUGAAGGAAAAUCUUACAGAUAUGGAUGCCAAAGUCAAACACAUGAUCAAACUUAUUGAAGAAGAUGCAGAUUCCUUUGCUAGAAGGGCAGAAAUGUAUUACAAAAAACGCCCAGAACUAAUGAAAUUGGUUGAAGAGUUCUACCGAGCAUACCGUGCGUUAGCUGAACGAUAUGAUCAUGCAACUGGGGCACUGCGCCAGGCUCAUCGAACCAUGGCAGAGGCAUUUCCCAACCAAGUUCCGUUUGUAGAUGACUCGCCUGCAGGUUCUUCUGCUAGUGAGACUGAUCCCCGAACACCUGAGAUGCCAGCUCCUAUACGAGCAUUAUUUGACCUUGAUGAAUUGCAAAAAGAUGCUCUGGGACUCUCCUCCUCAACCCAUUUCCAUGCUCUCAAAAGGAAUGGAGCUUUUGGUGAAGAAUCUGACUCUGGAACCAGCCGAAUUGGUUUGAAACAGCUGAAUGAUCUCUUUGGAUCGGGAGAAGGAAGGGCGAAAAAGGGCCUCAACUUCCUUGAUGCUGACGCAAAAGAACACAGCAUGCAGAACAAUGGCCAUGAUCUUAAAAAUCGAGCCUUGUUGGGGGAUGAUCGAGUGGGCAAAGCAGAGACAGAAAUAUCAAACUUAAAGAAAGCUCUUGCUAAACUAGAAGCUGAAAAGGAAGCUGGCUUACUUCAGUACCAAGAGUGUUUAGAGAGAGUAUCUAAUUUGGGGUCUGAAGUCUCUCGUGCACAAGAGGAUUCCAGGGGACUUAAUGAACGAGCCAGUAAAGCUGAAGCUGAAGUUCAAACUACAAAGGAAGCACUUAACACAUUAGAGGCUGAAAGGAAAGCUAGUCUUCUUCAGUAUCAGGAGUGCUUGGACAAAAUCUCUAAUCUGGAAAGCAUCAUCUCUUGUGCCCAAAAGGAUGCUGGAGAGCUAAAUGAUCGAGCUAGUAGAGCUGAAUUUGCAUCUGAAUCUCUACAGAAAGAUCUUGAAAGGGUGGCAUCUGAGAAAGAAGCUGCACUUGCACAAUACGAACGGUGUCUGGAGAAUAUAUCAAAUCUGGAGGACAAACUACUGCAUGUUGAGGAGGAUGCCAAGAAGAUUAACAAGCGUGCUGUUAAAGCUGAACUCGAAGUUGAAUCCUUGAAGCAAGCAAUUGCCAAUUUAACUGAAGAGAAGGAAGCUGCUGCUCUCCAGUACAAGCAAUGCCUGGAAACAAUAUCUAAUCUUGAGCAUAAGAUCUCUCAUGCGGAGGAGGAGGCACUACGGCUACACUCUCAGAUAGACGACGGGAUUGUGAAGUUCAAGGAUUCAGAAGAAAAGUGUCUUCUGCUGGUAAACUCAAAUCAAAAUCUGCAGUUGGAGUUGGAGUCUGUGGUGAAGCAAAUGCAAUCUCAAGGUGAAGAGCUUACAGAGAAGCAGAAGGAGUUGGGUAGACUUUGGGCUUGCAUACAAGAAGAGCGGUUGCGAUUUAUGGAGGCUGAAACUGCUUUCCAGACACUGCAGCAUUUGCAUUCCCAGUCCCAGGAGGAACUUAGAUCUCUUGUAGCUGAGCUCCAGAAUAGAGAUUUGAUUCUGAAGGACAUGGAAGCACGAUGUCAGAGAUUGGAUGAUGAAGUCCAGAAGGUGAAGGAGGAAAACAAGAGCCUAAGUGAGAUCAAUUUGUCUUCAUCUGUUUCAAUAAAAGAUCUGCAAGGUGAGAUCUUAAUCUUGAGGGAGACGAUUAAGAAACUUGAAGAGGAAGUUGAACUUCGAGUGGACCAAAGAAAUGCUCUUCAGCAAGAGAUAUACUGUCUGAAAGAGGAACUCAGUGACCUGAACAAGAAACACCAAGCUAUGCUAGAGCAGGUGGAGUCAGUUGGCUUGGAUCCAGUGUGCAUUGGGUCAUCUGUGAAGGAGUUGCAAGAUGAGAACUUACAGCUCAAACAAAUAUGUGAGGCUGAUAAAAGUGAGAAAGUGGCGCUGUUGGAAAAGUUGGAAAUCAUGCAGAAACUUCGGGAGAAAAAUGUUCUUUUGGAGAAUUCCCUUUCUGAUUUGAAUGUUGAGUUAGAAGGGGUUAGAGGGAAGGUAAAGGAGUUGGAACAAUCAUGUCAGUCUCUUCUGGCAGAAAAAGGUACUCUUCUUGCUGAAAAUGGCACUCUGAUUUCCCAGUUGCAGUUUAUGACUCAGAAUUUAGAAAAAUCAUCAGAGAAGAACAAAUUUUUGGAGAAUUCUCUCUUUGAUGCGAAUGCUGAACUGGAAGGCUUGAGUGUAAAAUCAAAGAGCUUAGAAGAAUCAUGCCUACUGCUUGGUAAUGAUAAGACUGGUCUGAUCACUGAGAGAGAGAGUUUAAUUUUGGAGUUGGGCAGUACUCGGCAAAGACUGGAAGAUCUGGAAAAAGGAUAUGCAGAGAUAGAAGAGAAACUCUCUGUUCUGGAGAAGGAAAGAGAUUCUGCACUUUGUAAAGUGGAAGAGCUAAAUGUAUGCUUAGAUUCUGAGAAGCAAAUUCAUGCCAGUUCUGUUGAGUUAAGGGAAACCCAGUUGGCUGAAAUGGAACUGAAGAUCUCUCAUCUCCAAGCAGAAGGGAUAUGCAGGAAGAAAGAAUUUGAAGAGGAACAAGACAAAUCUGUUACUGCACAGAUAGAAAUCUUUGUCCUGCAGAAAUGUGUAGAAGAUCUGGAAGAGAAGAACUUAUCCCUCAUGAUUGAGCAUCAAAAACUUUUGGGGGCAUCCGCAAUGUCAUUGAAGCUGAUUUCUGUCCUAGAGCAUGGCAAACUUGAACAACAGAAGGAAAUUAAGUCAUUGUUUGUGCAAAUUAAAGCACUGAGAAUGGGGCUGUAUCAGGUGUUGAAGAAUGUUGACAUUGAUGCAAACCUUGGGUGUGCAGAAAAGGAUGAGCAAGACCAAGCACUCCUUAAUCAUAUACUUGUCAAACUUCAAGACAAACAAAAUUCUUUCUCUGAAAGUUGUGAUGAAAACCAGCGGUUGCUUAAUGAGAACUCUGUUCUCAUAGCAAUGCUUGCCCAAAUGAAACUAGAGGCGGACUGUUGUAUGAGGGAAAGAAACACUCUUGACCAUGAGUUCAGGACCCAGUCUGAGAAGUUCUUGGUGUUGCAGAGUGGCGCCCAAAGACUUCGUGACAUGAAUGCAGAAUUGAAUUUGAAGGUAGUGGAGGGAGAACACAGAGAGGGAGUUUUGAGGACUGAAAUAGAUAAUCUGCACGAGCAGUUGUUGGACUUGCAAAGCAUUUACAAGAGUCUACAAAAAGAAAAUUCCCAGAUGGUUGAAGAUAAAGGAUCCUUGAAAAGGACGAUCUUGAAUUUGGAGGAAGAGGCGCGUAACCUAGAAGAGGAUAAAUGCGUCAUGUUUGCUGAAACAAUAUAUUAUAGUAACCUCUCCCUUGUUUUCGAUGAUAUUAUUUCCCAAAAGCAACUGGAACUGGAAGAGCUCAGUCACAAUUAUGAUGAACUUCAUCUUGGCAAUAAUGACCUGAAAGAGAAGGUGAGAGUAUUGGAGGGGCAGUUAGAAGUUAUACAGAUGGAAAACUUACAUCUCAAGGAGUCAUUAAAUAAGUCGGAGGAUGAGCUGAAAUUGGUUAAAUCUGUGAAUGAUCAAUUGAAUGGUGAUAUUGCAAAUGCAAAGGAUGGUUUGUCUCAAAAGGAAAAUGAGCUUUUGGAAGCCGGGCAGGUCAUAAAUGAACUACAGAAUGAGAAAAAAGAGCUGUAUAUACUGGUGGAGGAUUUGACUAGUAAAAGUGAUGAUGCGAAGGUGGUGCUGGAAGAUCAAGAGAAGCAAAUUUUCAAACUACAUGACGACAAUGACCGUCAUAGUAAAGAGAUUGGAUGCCUCCGUGAAGUGAAUCAGAAGUUGGAGGUGGAACUAUCGAAAUUGCAUGAAGAAGCUGAAAAAGGCAAAAUUGAGGAGGAAAGGCUGAUCAGUGAACUAAAAAGGGGAAGAGAAGAGAUAGAAAUGUGGGUGACUCACGCAGCCACCCUCUUUGGAGAACUGCAGAUCUCCUCCAUUCGUGAAACAUUGUUUGAAGGAAAGAUCCACGAGCUCAUUGAAGCCUGUCAGAUCCUUGAAGACAAAAGCGUUUCCAAAGGUCUGGAGAGUGAACAGAUGAAUGAAAGAGUCGGCACAUUGGAACAUGAAAAUGGAGAGCUACUAGCUCAGUUGGCUGCCUAUAUUCCAGCUGUCAUCUCUCUGAAGGAGUGUACAACAGCCCUUGAGAAUCAUUCACUUAUUAACACCAGAUGCUCAGAGGAUGCCCUUCUGCAAGCUGAGAGCUCUAAAACGGAUGGACAUCAAAUUGACACAGUGCCAGAUGGCAUUUCAGGACUGCAGGAUUUACAAAGAAGAAUCAAAGCUAUUGAAAAGGCUAUGGUAGAAAAGGAAAGCCAUCUUACUGUCAAUCAGGAAGGUAAACAAUUUGGGGACAGGUUCGGUAGUGAGAAGCCUGAAAUCUCUGAAGUGGGGAACGAAGUUCUGACGAAGGACAUCAUUCUCGAUCAGAUAUCAGAGUGUUCAUCCUAUGGGGUAAGCAGGAGAGAAACCAUAGAGCCUGAUGCUCAGAUGAUGGAGUUAUGGGAGACCGCUGACCAGGAUGGCAGCAUUGAUUUGAUGGUUGGCAAGGCCCAGAAGGCAACUACUGUACCGACUGACCACAGUCAGACUGAAGCUAUAAAGAAACACAAGAAUAAAUAUCCCUCUUCAGAAUCAUUGGUUGAGAAGGAAUAUAGCGUUGACAAAUUAGAGAUCUCUAAGAGAUUCUCGGAGCCCCGUCAAGAAGGCAACAAGAGAAGGAUUCUAGAAAGACUUGAUUCUGACGUUCAAAAGUUGACAAACCUUCAAAUUACCGUGGAAGACCUGAAGAAGAAGGUGGACAUUACUGAGAAGACCAAAAAGGGCAAAGGUAUUGAAUUUGGUACUGUAAAAGAGCAGCUGGAUGAAGCCGAAGAAGCCAUCACUAGAUUGUUUGAUGCCAAUAACAAAUUGAUGAAGAGUGUCGAAGAUGAAUUUGUGUCUCCUGAUGGAGCUUCUGAGAUAGUCCCAGAUCACAGUGGGACUGUCAGCAGAAGGAGACUGUCCGAACAAGCAAAAAGAGGGUCAGAGAAAAUCGGUCGAUUGCAGUUGGAGGUACAGAAACUGCAAUUUCUUCUACUGAAGCUGGAUGGUGAAAAGGAAAGCAAAGGGUCAACCAGGAUCAAGGAGAGGAAAACAAGAGUUCUUCUGCGGGACUAUCUCUAUUCUGGGACUAGAAUGAGCAACACAACCCCAAAGCGUAAGAAAGCUCCUUUUUGUGCAUGCAUGCCCCCAACUAAGGGAGAUUGAAGCAAUGAAACUUGAUGUGCCCAAUGGUAUAGUACAAAGUAAUGAGAAUGAGGCAUUAGACUUGUCUCAUUGUCCAUAAGUUUUUCUUUCCUUUUAUAGAGUUAUUUAAUAGAGAGGAUUAGUUGGGUCUCGCAUAGCUUUGAGAUCCUGCUGUACAUGUCAGGCUCUAUCUACCAAUCAAAGGAGACCCAGUCUGCUGUACAUGGAGUUUAUUCUUCUUUUACAUAAAUAGUUCUGUUAGUUUCUUUUUGGUACUAGCUAGUCUAUUGUGUAAUUUUGCAGCUUAGAAUAAAAUGCUUCUGUUACAUGUUCA